AUUGCUUCUAUUGAAUUAUUGUCUCUCGAGCAAAACAAUAGUUUGCCCUUGGGUUUCGAAGUUAUUUGCUUGCUUGGUCUCCACAUUUCUUCCCAAACUUCCCCGUCUGUCCACAACCGCCCGUUGCGGCCGCUGAAAGUGCCAUACUGCUGCCGGUGCCGGUGGCGCGAAUCUGUGCGCAGUACAUGAUCUUUGUUUUGUUCGAAGCACGUCGGCCGUCGGCACGUCAGGUUACCAUCACGCACGGCAUCAAAAGUUUUCUGCGUGUUUGCUGUGUUUUAUGAAACCUUUAUCAGUGAUUUUUAGAAAAUGGCAGUCCAACCAGUUCACCAACUGUCCAUGGAUUCUACUCAACAACAAGGCUUUGUGAGAUUUUUUAAGUCACUGCCAGAGAAACCUGCAACAACUAUCCGCUUUUUUAAUCGAGUAGACUUUUAUACUCUUCAUGGAUCUGAUGCUGUUUACGCUGCCAAAGAAGUUUUUAAAACUUCAUCUGUUGUCAAACAAAUUGGAGCAGGUGACAAUAAAGUAGAUUCUGUUGUAUUGAGUAAAGCAAACUUUGAAUCAUUUGUUAGAGAUUUACUUCUUGUAAAACAGUACAGAGUUGAAGUCUACACCAAUAAAAGUGGUACACGUAAUUCAAGUGAUUGGUCUUUGGAAUAUAAGGGCUCUCCUGGCAAUCUAGUGCAGUUUGAGGAUGUGCUCUUUAGUUCCCAAGACCAAGUUGUUGGAUCUGCUGUCAUUGCUGUAAAACUGAGUAAAGAUGAAAAAAACAAAUUUGUUGGAGUUGGCUUUGUUGAAACAGCAGACCGGAAAUUCUGUGUGUGUGAAUUUCCCGAUGAUGACCAUUUUACUAACUUGGAAGCUUUAAUUGUCCAGUUGGGCCCAAAAGAAUGCCUGGUACCUCAAGGAGAUGGUUCACCUGAACAAGCAGCAUUGAAAAAGGUCUUAGAUAGAAGUAAUAUUCUUGUUACUGGCCGUAAAAAGGCAGAUUUUUCCACUUCCAAUCUACCCAGUGACCUCAACAGACUUCUUUUAUUUAAAAGUGGACAGCAACAGAAUUCUUUGGCUUUACCAGAAAUGAACCUGUCUACUGCUACAAUGGCCUUGGCUGCAAUUAUAAAGUAUUUGGAGCUUGGAAAUGAUGAAGGCAACAGUGGUCAGUUUACACUUACUACAAUUGAUAUCAAACGAUAUGUUCAUAUGGAUGCUGCUGCUGUACGGGCCUUAAACCUUUUGCCAGGGCCUGGCUCCAACUCCCUAACACGGCAUCAUAGUGUAUUAGGGCUUCUUGAUAGAUGCCGAACUCCUCAAGGUCAUCGACUUCUAGGCCAGUGGGUCAAACAGCCUCUUAGAGAUCUUAAUGCUGUUACUGAAAGACAUGAUAUAGUGCAGGUGUUGUGUGAAAAUGAGGAAUUGCGUCAGACGCUGACAGAAGACCAUUUAAGAAGAAUUCCUGAUCUCCAAGCCCUUGGAAAGAAAUUGCAUAGAAAAAAGGCAACCAUGCAAGAUUGCUACAAAAUAUACCAGGCUGUGUCACGUCUCCCUCUAAUGCUGGAAUCUCUUAACAAUUACAAUGGAGGCAGCCCACAUCCAACAUUUGCAGCAGUAAUCAUUGAUCCGCUUCGUGAUUGUAUUGGUGAAAUGGACAAGUUCCAGGAGAUGAUAGAAACUACACUGGAUAUGGAUAUUGUUGACCGUGGGGAGUUUCUUGUCAAACCUUCAUUUGAUGAAAAUUUCCAAGACCUUCGUAAUCAGAUGGAUGAAUUGGAGGAAAAGUUAAAAUCUCAACUUAACAAAGCAGCAAGAGACCUCAGUCUGGAACCUGGAAAAUCCAUAAAAUUAGAAUCUAAUGCUCAGUUGGGUUAUUACUUCCGCGUCACUCUAAAGGAUGAAAAAGUUCUUAGGAAUAAUAAAAAUUUUAAUACCAUUGAUACCAACAAAAAUGGUGUAAGGUUUCGAGAUUCAAAACUGGAGCAGAUGAAUUCGGACUACAUUGCCACACGAGAACAAUAUCAAGAGCACCAAAAAGCUGUUGUGGAUGAAAUCAUGAACAUUGCAGCUGGAUAUUCUGGAACACUCAACACUCUUAGUGGGGUUGUGGCUCAUUUGGAUGUCCUGACAAGCUUUGCUGUUGUGGUGGCAACAGCCCCUAGACCAUAUAUACGUCCUAAAAUGCAUGCAGAAGGCUCUGGUAUAUUGCGCCUUUCUCAAGCUCGCCAUCCCUGCUUGGAGCGUCAGGAUGGAGUUGAUUACAUACCUAAUGAUGCUUAUUUUCAACAUGGAAAUUGCACUUUUCAUAUUAUAACUGGUCCGAAUAUGGGCGGUAAAAGUACUUACAUUCGAUCAGUUGGGGUCUGUGUUCUUCUUGCUCAGUUGGGUUCUUACGUACCUUGUGAUGAAGCAGAAAUUUCAUUGGUUGAUGCUAUACUUGCUCGAGUAGGUGCUGAUGACUGCCAGCUGAAGGGCAUGUCAACGUUCAUGACUGAGAUGGUGGAAACAGCUGGAAUUUUAGGGACUGCCACUAAGAACUCUCUUGUGAUUAUUGACGAGUUGGGUCGAGGCACAUCAACUUAUGAAGGAUGUGGUAUUGCAUGGGCUAUUGCAGAGCACUUGGCUAAAGAUGUUCAAGCAUUUUGCUUGUUUGCCACACAUUUCCAUGAACUUACUAGGCUUGCUGGAAUGCUACCAAAUAUCAAAAAUAGUCAUGUGACUGCUAUCACAACUGAUGAUUCCCUGACUCUAAUGUAUCAAGUGAAAGAUGGUGUCUGUGACCAAAGUUUUGGAAUUCAUGUAGCCAAGAUGGCUAAAUUUCCUCCACAUGUAAUUGAGUAUGCGAAAAGGAGACAAGCAGAACUUGAAGAUUACCAAGGUCUUGACUUUGCUUCUGAUGACACAUCCAAAUCGAAGAUUAUUGAGGAAGCAGAGCAAAUCAUGGAGGAUUUCCUUCAGAAAUGUAAAAAGGUAUGUGGAGAAUCAUCAUCUGAUCAGGCUAAAGUAUUAGAAGAAUUACGUGCAGAAGUUUUGUCAAAAGACAAUGCUUACAUCAAAACAUUACUCUCUCAAUAAUUCUCCAGCUCCUGUCUUUGUAUGCAUGUAAUGUCCCCUUCAUGAUCUCAGGAAAUUUUUUCCCCCUAAAACGAGGCAAUUUGUACCUUAAGAACCCACUUGACUUCUGUUCUCAAUUUCUGAUAAAUGAGCCAAGACAUUUAACUUUGAACUAUUAUGUAUGACUCAUGUACUGUAGUGUGAUAUCUUCAAAGGCAGGAUUUCAACUGAAGCUUCUUCCUUUGCUGUUAACUUCAAAUCAAGGAACAUCUUGUCAAUAAAUAUGUAGAAAAAUAA